GCGGUAACGAGGCGUUGGGUCGGGAACCGCCGCCGUGCGCGGUGCCUCCGUCCCGGAGCUGUCCCUGCGUCCCGGCCCGCUCCCUGCCGCGGGGCCCGGGCCCUCCCGCCGCGGCCAUGGACAAGUACCAAGUGCUGGGGCUGGUGGGGGAAGGCAGCUACGGCGUGGUGACCAAGUGCAGGAACAGGGAGAACGGGCAGGUCGUGGCCGUCAAGAAGUUCCUGGAGGGCGACAACGACGCUGCGGUGAGGAAAAUCGCCCUGAGGGAAAUCAAACUGCUCAAGCAACUCAGGCACGAGAAUCUGGUGAACCUGCUGGAUGUGUGCAAAAGGAAGAAGCGGUGGUAUCUGGUGUUUGAAUUUGUGGAUCACACGGUGCUCGAUGACCUCAAGGCUUCUCCCAGUGGACUGGACUACGACACGGUUCGGAAAUACUUGUUUCAGAUUAUGAGAGGAAUUGCCUUUUGUCACAGCCAUAAUAUAAUCCAUCGGGAUAUUAAGCCAGAAAACAUACUGGUUUCCCAGUCAGGAGUCGUGAAACUCUGCGACUUUGGAUUUGCCCGGCCCUUGGCAGCUUCCGGGGAAGUUUACACGGACUACGUGGCGACCCGCUGGUACAGAGCCCCGGAGCUGCUGGUGGGGGAUAGCAAAUAUGGCAAGCCUGUGGACGUGUGGGCUAUUGGCUCCCUGAUAACAGAAAUGCUUACAGGAGACCCCCUUUUCCCUGGAGACUCAGACAUUGACCAGCUCUUCCAUAUCACCAAGUGCCUGGGUAACUUAAUUCCAAGACAACAGGAGUUAUUCUACAAAAACCCCCUCUUUGCUGGCAUGAAGUUGCCUGAGGUGAAGGAGCUGGAAUCCCUGGAGAAACGCUAUCCCAAGCUCCCUCCUGCCGCGCUGGACUUAGCUAAGGAGUGUUUGCAGAUUGACCCAGACAAGAGACCGUCCUGCGCCGAACUCCUGCAGGGCGAUUUCUUCAACAAGGAUGGCUUUGCUGAAAGAUUUACUCAGGAGCUUAAACAAAAGAUCCAGAAAGAUGCCAGAGACCAUCGGUUCCAAAAAAAUCCUAAAAUCUGUAAAAGGGACAAAGAUGAUGUUUUAGAAGAAAGAACAAUCAGCGUCCAGGAUUUCAGCAUGGCCCCAAGGGGCCAAGAUGGAAAGCUGAUAAAGACCAAGCCCUGUAAAGCUGAUGCAGAGAAAGCAGAUCCAUCCUCCAAGCUGGGCUUCCUCUACGACAGCGCAAUCAACCCAUUUAAAUUCAGCCCUCAGACCAACCUGAAAGAUUCCAGCAGCAGCUUGGACUACGCCAAGAACCUGGGCACAUUUAUCCCUCCCAUCUGCCAGAACUUCUCUCCUACGUUUGGGAUGGGUUCCGGGCCUGGGGGCCUUAAUUGCAGAUUCGAUGAAAAGAGUAAAAAAUACUUGAACCCGUUGCUGAAGGCACGGAAGCCUUCUCCAGUGGGCCGUUGCAGUGUCAGCUUGACACCGGUUACUUAUGAAAAACCCAUCCUUCAGGCAAGUAAGAAAAAAUGGGAAUUCCCCAAGACAGAUGUGCAUUUGCCAGGACUAAAUCAUCUCCCCGAGCUGAGAGGAGUGGAAGCUCGGCAUCCCAGAUUUCUGAAAAGGGAAACCAGAACGUUUACAGAGUCCCAAGUCCCCUCCCUCGCUGCUAUUGACCCUCAUAACUCAAGUCUGGCUUCACAGCAGCUGUCAGGGACCUUGAUGCCGGAUGCAUCAGAAGCCAACUUCUCCAGGGUCGAGCACUAGCCCUGGGGAGAUGGUCACACCUGCCUGUGAAAGGUGACUGAACAUUGGGAACAAUCCAUCUGAGUUUCCAGGGGCUAAAGCUGCCAGGUCUCGGCAGGGGAGAGGAGGAUCCCUUACCCCUGUUGGUGCAGCAGGCUGCCACGGAAGCAGCUUGGGUCCAGGCUGAGGACAAAGUUUGCACUGCCAUUGCUGCUGGAUUUCUUGCAUGCAAAAAGACCCUGGAACGUAGACUUUCUGGCUUAGGGCCAGGUCUCGUCUGAGAAGAGUAGUGGUGUGUGACAAUGGCAGCAGCAGCUUUGGAGGACUCGGAAGGAAGCUGGGCUUGCUUUUAUCCAGCUGCUGCCCACGUGAGGGGUUUCUUUUUCAAUGAAUAGUGACGAAAGCAGCUGCCAAAAUUCUCAUAUUUUGGGGGGCUGCCUGAUGUGGAUUGAAAAGCACCUUUGCCUUGACAGUGAAGAAGACAUUUGUGCAAGAAGUACAAUAUUUAAUGUGCAAAUCUGCAGCUGUUCCUUUGAAACCCUUGCUAAUGCACUUGUCACUUUGUUUUAGGUUCCUUUUCCCUUCACAUUUUUGACCCCAUGUUUGGGCAGUUUUCUUGGGGGUGUUUACCUGGGUAUGUUGUCUGGCUGUUGUUGAUGGUGAAGGAAGGAAUAUCCCUGUGGAAUGCUGUGAUGCAGGUGACAGCGGAAUGUCUCAGAAACUCAAGUUAUCAUUCCUUUAGAUCCCUUAAGAGAAUGGGACAGUAGAACUCCAUGGUUCAGAAACAAUUUUUGCUUAUUUGCCCUUGGUUUGUCUGUGGUCAGUUUUGGGCUGUCCCUGUGUUGCUCAUGACUGUUUUCCAUCACCUGUCACAACUCCCAUGGUGUCAUUAACUUUGGAACUCAUUUUUCCACAAAACACAGCCUUUCCCAUCAAUAGGUCAUGACAGAAUAUGGUCUGAACUCGUUGUAUUUAGGGAUUUGUCUCUAUGCUGUGUCUUGACAUGUACAUUUCAUUUGUGAAUAAAAGGAUCUUCCAAUUCCAG